AUGGAUGAUUUAAAGCUGUUUGGGAAAAGGGAGAGUCAAAUGGAAUCCCUUGUGAAUACUGUGCAUACAAUGAGUAAGGACUUGGAGUAAUAUAUCAAACAUGAGAUGCAGUGUUUCAUCACCAGAUGCUGAACACCGAGAAGAGAGUUGAAAAUACGACGCGCAGCGGAGUAUUUUUGACGAACUUCGAGGUGUUUCAUCUGGUGAUGAAACACUGUAUCGAAUGUUUGAUAUUUCUUCUCAAACAAAAUCAUUUUUGAAGGAGAAAUUAAGGAAGCAAAAAUGAGCAGUUUUUCAUCUGAUAUCCAAACACUCAUUAAACAUUAAUUUCCUUUGAAUUUUCUUUAUGAAUUAUUAAUAAGCUUGAGAAUGGGUCUUCAAAAAUGCGGGGUGUUGGUUUUGGAGCUAAGGUGGUUGGAUGUGAAAGACUUAGCUACCCAACAGGAAAAUAAUAAAUGAAGUGGGAAAAGGUGGAUACAGACACCUCAGGAUUCUAGAUCUAAAUAAAGUAUUAAAGCGAUGA